AUGGCUCAGUAUGUGGUGUCCCGAAACAUCUUUUCUGAGGAGAAAUUCAACCAAGAACAUGUGAAAAUCUACAGACAGCGCAAAAGCCUUCUCAACCAUGUCAGGCUGUAUUUCAGGUGUGACCAGCGACGUGCUCGCUUGGCCGUCCUCUCCCUCCUUCCGGUCAUCUCGUGGUUGAAGAUCUACAGAGUGAAGGAGUGGCUGCUGAGUGACAUCGUGUCUGGGGUCAGCACAGGCCUGGUGGCAGUUCUACAAGGUCUGGCCUACUGUCUGCUGGCCUCGCUGCCCCCAUGGUAUGGGCUCUUCUCUGCAUUUUUCCCUGUCAUCAUUUACUUUUUCCUGGGCACCUCACGGCACAUCUCUGUUGGCCCGUUCCCAGUCCUGUGCCUGAUGAUCGGCUCGGUGGUGACCAGAAUAGUCCCAGACGAGGGCCCUCCCAUGAACAUCACUGGGUUUGAGGGCUUGAGCAGGGAUGAGCAGAGGGUCCUGGUGGCCUCCUCCAUCAGCUUCUUGGCUGGGAUCAUGCAGUUGGCCAUGGGGGUCUUCCAGGUGGGCUUUGUGGUCCUGUACCUGUCGGACACUCUGGUCUCUGGCUUCACCACAGCUGCAGCGGUGCACAUCCUUGUCUCUCAGCUCAAGUUUGUGUUGGGUUUGACUGUGCCGGGCAUCAGUGGACCUCUGGCUCUCAUCUACACUUUGGAGAUCAUAUUUAAGAAAAUCACCUCAACAAAUCUGUGUGACGUGGUCAUCUCUGUGGUCAUCAUGGUGGUGGUGUUUGCGGUCAAGGAGCUGAAUGAUCGGUACAAGUCCAAGAUACCAGUACCCAUCCCCAUUGAAGUCAUCAUGACGGUGAUCGCUUGUGGAGUUUCCUACGCCUUCGACUUCAAGAGCAAAUACAGCAUUGAUGUUGUUGGUAUAAUUCCCAAAGGGUACGAGGCUCCGGUGGCUCCAAACCUGCAGAUUUGGGGGGAGACAGCGGUGGAGGCCUUCCCAAUGGCAAUUGUGGGCUUUGCUGUGGCCUUCUCCGUGGCCAAAGUUUACUCCGUUAAACAUGACUACACCAUAGAUGGGAACCAGGAGCUGAUUGCGUUUGGAGUGUGCAACAUUUUUGGAGCCUCGUUCAAGUCUUUUGCAGCAAGUACUGCUCUGUCCAGAAGUGCUGUCCAGGAAAGCACUGGAGGGAAGACGCAGGUUGCUGGUUUACUCUCUGCUAUUAUUGUGAUGGUGGUAACUCUGGCUAUAGGAUUUCUACUGGAGCCUCUGCCAAAGUCUGUUUUGGGGGCAGUGGUCAUCGUGAACCUCAAAGGGAUGUUGCUGCAGGUCACAGAGGUGCCGUAUCUAUGGAGACGAGACAAAACCGACUGUGUGGUGUGGAUUGGGACCUGUGUGGGCUCCAUACUACUUGGUCUAGACUUGGGUUUAGCAGUCGGCCUCGGCAUAGAGCUCCUCACUGUGGUCUUCAGAGUGCAGUUCCCGCGCUGCUCUGUGCUCGCCAACAUCAAAGGCACGGACAUCUACAAAGACAGGAAGGACUACCUUGAUAUUUUUGAGCCGGACGGAGUAAAGAUUUUCCGAAUACCAUCACCGCUUUUUUUUGCCAAUAUUGACUUUUUCAGAAACAAACUGGUAGAAUCUCUUGGCUUUAAUCCUUUACGAGUCCUGAGGAAGAGGAACAAGGCUUUGCGUUUAAUCAGGAGGCUGCUGAAGAGAGGAGAGCUACACUGCACACCGAGGGGCUUCUUGAACACAUCGUGCGAGCCGUACAUAGGUCUGGAAGAGGAGGACAGCUCUGCAGAGGACUUGGACUUGCCCACGGACCUCAAAGACCUGCCGAUCUAUGUGGACUGGAGCGCUGAGCUGCCUGCCAACAUCAGCGUGCCCAGAGUCCACCUGCACAGCCUGGUCCUGGACUUCUCUGCUGUGUCCUUCAUUGACAUCUCUGCACUCAAAGGACUCAAAACCACGUUGAAAGAGUUGGUCCGUAUUGAAGUGGCGGUGUACAUUGUGGCCUGUGAUCCCCUGAUCCAAGAGAAGCUCCACAGCUGCGGAUUCUUUGACGAUGAAGUCAAAGCGUCCAUCUUCUUCCUCACUCUUCAUGACGCCAUGCUGCAGAUCCUGGAGAGCCACCCGGAGGCCGUUCAGAGCAAGACACACUUCAGCAAGGUCAUAACCACAGUCACGGUUCACCAAGCCAACUGCAGCAUGCGCAGCAGAGACAGAAAUGGUGUGGAAUCGGAAACUCGCUUUUAA